AUGCGCGGCGGCAGGUAUAACGGAUAUCGCAGCAGAGCCGUAUUUGAUCUGACGUUUUGCCCGAACGUUUUUCCAAAGGUGGUGGAAAAAGAUGAUUCGGCUUUAAUGCAGUUGUUACUAAGCCGCAACGAAGAACUGACACCAACAACUGCUGAACAGACAGCCGUCAUGAAUCUCUUGAACAAAGUGACAUCGGUGAUCGAAAAGUUGAUCGUCAAUCCGGAUUCUUUUACUGCCGCGUCUAUCGAGGAGGUCAAGCAGGUCGGUUCGUUCAAGAAAGGAACAAUGGUCACCAAGCACAACGUCGCCGAUAUCGUGGUCAUACUGAAAACCCUACCAACAACCGAAGCAGCUAACGCUUUGGGCAAUCGCGUGGUAGAGGAUAUAAAAUUGGCAGAGCCGAAGGAAGUUCUUGGAUGCGUUUAUCGCGAUUUUGGAUGCGAAAUAGGUGGCCCUGAAGCCGUCGUCAAAAUCAUGAUCGCCACCAUUCCGCCGAAUAUGAAAAAGUUGGACCCCACACUACAUCUUAACACGACGCUUUUGAACCGUAGCUUCGUAGCCAUCCGCCAUGCUCGCUGGUUUGAAGAGAACGCGUCACAUUACAAUGUGAAAGUAUUGAUCCGGAUUUUAAAGGACAUUCGAUCUCGCUUUGCUGGUUUCCAGCCGAUGAAUCCUUGGAUGAUCGAUCUUUUGGUAUGGUAUUAUUUAUUUGCAUAUUAUGCAACAAUGACCACACCGAAUCGGGACCCUCUACAACUUAAUCAGGCUUUCAGGCGUUGCUUGCAACUGUUAUCGGCGGGAAUUUUUCUCCCCGGUUCGUCAAACGUUGUCGAUCCCUGCGACCCCGGAUUUCGAGUACAGCAGUCGAUGAGUUUAGCGGAUCAGGAUCUGGUCUGCGCCACCGCUCAGACGCUACUGCGAGUAUUGGCUUGCGGUGGACAUAAGCAAAUAUUGGGAUUAGAAAAUUCGUCAGGUAACAGCUUUUUGGUUUUUAGAUUUCAAAACCUCACCAAGGAGGUAAGCUUGUGGACUGAUGCUUUCGUGACUCCAUCAGAGACUGUGUACGAGCCACCGGCUGAGGAAGCGGUUGUUGCAAACGUUGCAACUACAGUCACUGUUUAG